CUAGAUUUUGUGACAGUGUAAACUGUAGACCUCUCAAGAAGGUGCAUGAAGCAAGUGCACCGUCGCAAGGAAAAGCCGGCCGCACUUUCCAGCACAGCAUUGCGGAUGUAGGAUUCCCGAAGCAGCAGGGACAAGGGCAGCAGGCAGUUUGUCCAGCAACGGGUCUGUCCAAGCGGGGAAGGACACGUGCAUCUGAUCUUGCGUCCCAUCCAACCUGCAGUCAGGGUUUCUCACACGCCUUGUGGAAGGUUUUGCUAUGGUCAUGUGAGUAACUCGGCUUUCGCAAUGGGAGACCGUGCAGGGGGCACUUGAUUGCAUGCCGGGACGACAGGACUGCGGGUCUCGAUGAGCGGAGAGAAGCGGGCCGCUUUGAAUGCAAAGAUGGAGACGCUGUACAAGACCUUCUCACAGAUCAGCAACAACUCUCUGACCCAAAAGAUCGCAAACUCCGACAUUUGGACGGGGGGCAACGGCAGUGCAGCGGUGGCGAGUCAGUCACCUGCCAAAGAGAGCAUAGAGGGGUCGAGCACUGUGAGGGCAAGCAAAGGCCUCUUGUCGCCCAUCAUCACCCCCCCAGACAAUGCUGAGGGUUUAGAGGGACUGCCUGGCACCCCCAAGCAGCAGACUAGCGACAGUGCAGGGAUGCAGGGCGCCGAGGGGGGAUCAGGCUUCACCCCCAGCACUGAGGCCAUUGGGUCAGACGAGGACAGGGAGAAGCAGGGCUCUGUCUCUCGGCGCGUCAGUUUCAAGAAGACAACCUUGUCAAAGGAGCAGCUUCUGCCGCGCCCCACCAAGUGCGAGGAGUACCGAAGCUUCUUUCACCUCCCCCCUGAGGAGAACCUGAUUGAGGACUUCAACUGCGCGCUGCAAAAGAAGAUCCUGCUGCAGGGCCACAUGUACCUGUUCGAUCGAUACGUAUGCUUCUACUCGAACAUCUUCGGCUUUGAAAAGAAGAAAGUGCUCCCUCUGAAGGACGUCACGGUGGUGCGUAAGGCCAAGACCGCAGCCGUCUUUCCGAAUGCCAUUGAGAUCGUGGCGUGGGGCAAGCGGCACUUCUUUGCUUCUUUCCUGUCGCGGGAUGAGGCAUACCGGCUCAUCAUCCUCAACUGGUCCCAGCACAGCGGCUAUGCCAAGCUGUUUCUUGGGAACCGCCUGAAUGCGGAGGCGAACGGGCUGCUCAGCACACGCAGCGACGCGUCGACCCGCCGCGAGAGCGACGACGACGAGGAUGGGGAGACCCUCACGUUCGCCGAGACCGCCGCCGAAGCCCUCGCCCUCGUUCCACUAGUCGGGGAGGGGGAGAGCCCCGAGGCCGCCGGCCCGCCCAGCCUGGAGAGCGCCGUUGGGCCGGUGGGCGGCGCCAAGGACGACGUUCUGGUGGAGGCCCCCUUCGACCAGGAAAUGUCCAAGGACUCCUCCGAGGAGCCGCCCGUACCCAAGGCCAUGGUGCGCGAGCUGCAGUCCCCGAGCCGCGCCGUCCCGGGCCGGGCAUGGGAGGUGGAGGACAUCGACCCCCCGGAAGUCCCGGACACCUUCAAGACUAUCAUGGACACAGAGCUGUCGGUCAGCUCCAAGGACAUGUUCCAAUUCUUCUUCUCCGACGAGGCCUCGGACUUUCUGUACAACUUCCACACCGCGCGUGGCGACCAAGAGUUCCGGUGCAGCCCGUGGAAGGCGGACUCGCAGUACGGCCACGUGCGGGAGCUCUCCUUCCGCCACCCCAUCAACUUCUACUUUGGGCCCAAGUCCACCUUUUGCCGGCAGACGCAAAGUUACAGGAUUUGUCGACGCAACCACGUGGUGAUCUACACGAGCCAGACGAUGCAGGACAUUCCGUACGGCGACUACUUCUCGGUGGAGGUGCGCUGGGACGUGGAGGACUUGCAGGGCCGCGGGCCCGACUGCUGCAACCUGCGCAUCAGCCUCGACGUGCCCUUCGCCAAGAAGACCGUCUGGAAAGGCAAGAUCGAGCAGGGCACGCUGGACGAGAGCCGCGAGACGUACCAGGCCUGGGUGCACGAGGCGCAGGCGGCCAUCUUAGAAGCACGGGGCGACUUGCGGGAGAGUGCGCCGGCAUCGCGCGUGGUCACGCCGCACCGCCAGAGCUCCGUGUCCCUUGGCAGCCCCCCCGUCACCAAUGACGACGUGCUGAGUCACCUAGAGGGCAAGAUCCCGGUGGAGUACGAGGACGAGAUCCGGCGCAUGCUCAAGCUGGACGACGCCUCGCGCGGGCCCUCCGUGGGGCACUCCCCGCGCCUCAGCACCCACCCGGUGCCCAACCCCGGGCAGGGGGCGCGGUCGGGCCCGACCACGCCGUUGCUGACUAAGGCCGGCACCGGGGGUGAGUUGGGCGGAGAGACAGUCGCUCGGGUGAGCCUGCCGGGGGCCUGGUUGGGGCAGGGCCUGAAGGCGAUCACUGGCCGGCUGGUGGAGUCGGAGAAGGCGGCUUCGCAGCUCAAGGCGGGGGUCGUGGUGCUGGUGCUGGCGAUCCUCUUGCUACUACAGGCGUACUUCUUCCUAUGGGCCCGGUCGCCCUUACACCCGAUCGGCUUGGCAUCCUCCGUAGGGGGUCUUGGCGGGCCCUCGUAUGGCCACCCCUGUCUUUUGGAGGGCACGUGUCAUCUCGCCGACAUGGGUGGCGAGGACGAGUGGCUGCGGGGCUACUGGGAGCAGCGCUUUCGAUUCAUGCGCGAAGAAAUGAACCUGGUCGAGCAGCGGCUGCAAGCGUUGAACCGCGAGUUUGCGGCAGCGAAAGGGCAGUUUCAAGCGGACAUGCUCAAGACGCAAGGGCACCGGGGGCGGGAUCAGACCGGGGCUGACGAAAGCGUGAGCUAAACGAGUGCUAACAAGUCCGGGGACAAGGGGCGGCGAGGUCACUUCUAGGAUACUGCGUGGUUCUUGGAAUGGUUGUUGCAAGCAGUACCUAAGCGGUGGGUCCGUUCGGGACCCGUUUACGGUGACCACCUGCUGAGCAGUGAGUGUAGAAAUAGAUGACCAGUCACAAUCGGAUAUGUGAGGUGACCAACUUCCAUUUACAAGGCCCUUGGCGAAACUUAGCGUGUACAUUUGUCAUUGUGGGACUAGCAGCGUGUAGAUGUCCAACAAACUCAUAUGCAGGUGGCGUGGGGAGCCAUGGCGGUCAACAUGUUCCCCCCCGUUCAGAUCUUGCAUGGCAUGUUUAAAUGAUAGAGUUUCCGUACUCAAUAAGGCCCCCACAAGCUUUACUGCCUUGCAGCUCGCCACAAUUUUCAAGUUUCCGAUCGUUUUGUAGGACGCAUCGGUAGU